AUGUCCUCACCGUAUUCUUUCAAGCCGGGUGGGUCUUUGAAACUGAAGGGCGAUAAAAUCAGGAAGAAAAAGAAGUCCAGCUCUAGUACAGAUGCUCGAGAACUAAAAGCAACACAUCGAACAUCUGACGAUAAGAUGUCAGGAAAAGAUCCUGCCUCCUACUCAAUGCAGCGUGCACGAACUAAGGCUGAACAAAAGUUUGAAGAAGUACAACGCAAACGCGUAUCUUCAUGA